AUGAGCGCGCCUUCUAAAUCGGUAACUUUUCGGUUCUGAUAACCCAAACCACCCCCCCCCCCCGUAUUAUUCAGCAAAAUCUCUCGAAGAGAUCAUCUGUGGUGUUCCCGCCGACCGCCCGAUCCCCGAGUCUCACCACCGCCACCGCUAUCACCGAUCCGGCGCAGAUCCCGACGGCUCUCGGCAACUCGGUGAAGACGGCCAUCGGAGCGACGCCUUCUGAUUUUGAGACGUAAUUGAUGCAAUAGAAAAGGAGAAAGGGAUGAGAAACAGUUCAGGAACUCUGGAUUGGCGGACACCUCGGCCGGUUCCAGUCGCGCCAUUUUGAAUGGAUCCGAACAGAGAACUGGCAAGUCGCUGACGUCUCCGGAGAAGAUCAUGAAUGGUAGGAAACAAUUCAAGACAACAAGGGAGAAUAAAGUGAAUGAAGAAGUGAAAAAUGCAGAUCUAAAGCGGGGAAAUGUGUUCGGAAGGUCGUCGACGAGCCAAAGUCAGGCGACCGGAGGCCCGCAAAGCGUCACUCGCAUCACUUUCUCGAUCAACACCGACAUCUCGACCGCCUCCGAAGCGAGUCUCAAGGAAACUAACUCAAAGGUCUCCGUCAAAACGACGGGCUCCACGAGCAUUUCGACCGGAAAAGAAGCGACUCGAUCGAAGCGGACCAAUCGGAGAAAGGUACGAUCUCUUCGCGUCGAGACCUUUGUGACCUUCCCCUUUUCCCCGCAAAUUGAUAAAAGUUUCAGGGCCGUCGCACGUCCACAUUCUCCGCCGCUUCCAGAAAGAAAUUGACGAUGCCGGAAGUGAAGGAUAGUUCUGGAAAGUCGGCCAAAUCAAAGAAGUCUAAAAAGUCGAAGAAAGCUGUCAAAAAAGUUGUCGUCGAAUCAUCUGAAACAAGUACGAAAUCGGAGAGUGCUCCGAGAAAGCGUCGACUUUCAAAGAACGAGGAGAAAUCGAUGAAGAAGGUGGUGACGCCCAAGUUUGAGAAGUCGGAUGAGAGCAAGAAGGAGAAGGCCCAGAAGUUGGGGGCCUGCUUCCCGGGAGUGACCGGAAGAACGUCGGCGAGUCGGAAGUCGCCUUCCAAGGCCCCUGUCUACCCGGGAGUGGCCCCCAACAUGAGUUCCGUGGCCCCGCCGCCUCUUCUUCCGACCUCGGAUGACAGCUUCUGCGUCUACGACGUCGCCGAGCUCGGACCGGCGCAAAGACGUGUUCCUCCGCCUCCCGCGGUGGGCAAGACGCCGCCCCCUCCGCUGUUCACCAAUCAGAAGAUCAGUUCGAUGCCGAGAAUGCCGCCCAAGUGCAAGAUCGGCACAGUUCCGAAAGCGAAAAGCGACGGCGUCGGCAACAAGAUGAUCGUGUUCGGAGCCACUCCGGACGGAAAGACGACGGUAGGUGCACUCUGUUGAUGGAAAAUAAGAGAUAUUGUAGGUCCAAAUUACAAUCGAUCUCCAAAUCGUGGCGGGAGCGGCUCUCGGAGAGUCGACGGAGCCGGUGGCGCUGGUGCCGAAGAAGGUGAUUGUGAAGGGAAAGACGUUCGCGGUGGAUGGAUCCGACUCGAACUCAGUGUAUCUGUAG